UAUGUAUAUAUACAUACGAUAUAUAUAUUAUAUAUAUUUACACUUAUAUACAUACGUUUAUAUGUAUACACCCUUCGCACAUAUCCGAUCGUUGGGCCGAGCUAGAUGAUCGAUCUAGAAGGAAACUAGACCAGGCCCUGACGAACGUUUCUUCCCUGUGUGCUCCCUGAAACAAGGGAACGUUCUCUGUCAAUCUUUGUGACAAUCAUUUUCAGCUAGCUCUCUUAGUGUAUUCAGACUAAGUGUCUCUUUUUAAAAGUCGCGUUUUACCAAUCGACUCGAGUCUUGUCGAAAAGAAAGAAACAUUUUAGGAGAAGAUUAAAGAAAAAAUAAAAAGAAAGAUACGACAGAAGCAAAUCACGUACCUACGACGUUUCAAUUAACGUACACGAGCGAGCCGUGCGAAGCCAACGAAGACUUUCGCGCGUCUUCGUCCCUCUUCUUAACCUCUAACCCUGCACUUGACACACAUUUGUACGCGUGUGUGCAGUCAUAAGCGUGUAUCUUUGACCCAUCUCAAGUCAGUCUGUCUUCACCUUUGCACGGUCUACCCUCGUGCACCAUAACUCCCCCCUUCCCCCUCACUGUACGCCCUCUAUUCGCUCACCACUUUGACAAUCAUCACUUUGUAUUACACCGCGUCUUGGGUAACCGCCUGGUCGCACUAUCACUUUAGGCUUAACGCGUUUGACCCGCGUGCGCGCGUCUGGUCUGCGUGUGUACAUACAGUAAGGGAUCUCUUUAGGUGAUAGCCUAGUAAGCGUCGAUAAGCGUCGUGCGUGUCGAAUUCGUAUGUACCUCGUGUAUCCGAUCUAGCUGGUAAGAUAUAAAAAUACUUAGAGGCCAGAAAGAAACUCUCGUCACCCGGGUAUCUCGUUCGGACGACUAAUACCGUGAUCGCACGAUCGUACAUAGAAUAGUCGAUCAGUAAAAGAAACGGGUAGCAUCAUCGGCCUCGCGGUCCAAUCGCCACAACAAUCGGUCAAACUGUGGUGGCCGUCGUUCGAGUUGAGCAGAUCGGGCAAGACGGAAGCUCGCCAUCAGGCGUCAUCCCUGGAACGUGCCUGGGCCGCUCAGGAACGCGCCAGGUUCUUCUGGAGCCUCCAGUCGUUGCCGGCGACUGGCAGCAACCGUGGUUUCUUCGUUCAACCAAGCAAGUCUUGGCUAGCUGAGACGAUCGGCGCCGAAGAGGCACGUUCCUCCAUCACCACGUAUUUUCAUUCGUACCCGUUUGUCCCGGGUGGUGCGGUGUCCCUGCCUCCGCCCCUGCUGAACAGCAUCAACAACGCGGCGGCAGCAGCGAUCACCCCCGGCCUGGUAGGACACCUUUUCGCCGGCCAACAAGCCUGCAACAUCGGCUGCGGCUGCACUUGCACCAAUAUCGCCAAUUGCAACCCGCACCACCAUCAACACCAUCACCAUCAGCAGCAACAGCAUCAUCAUCAUCAGCAGCAGCAGCAACAGCAGCAUCACCAUCACCGGCCCCUCGCUGCUACCACUGUCCUCCUGCAACCGGUCGAGCACAUCAAAGACACCAUGGUGAGUGUCCCGGAAUUCCAGUACGCUCGAGGGACAGGCGCGUCCCUGACGAUGAGGGGUAGCGACGAGCUUUUGUCGCAAAGUGGAGCAGUUAGCAAUGGUGCUGCAAUGAGUCCACAACCACAUCACGCGGCCGACAACAAUAAUGACGCCAAGAAGGUUAAAUUGGACAAGAGCCACAAUGGCAAACCUUCGAGGGUUAUUCACAUCAGAAACAUACCGAACGAGGUGUCAGAGGGUGAAAUCGUCCAUCUUGGUGUACCCUUCGGUCGCGUCACUAAUGUCCUCGUUCUCAAAGGCAAGAAUCAGGCGUUUUUGGAAAUGGCGGAUGAAAAUGCUGCAGCAACGAUGGUGAGCUAUUACGCCUCUUGUAUCGCUCAGCUUCGAGGACGAGCGGUUUACGUGCAGUUCAGCAAUCACCGAGAGCUGAAAACGGAUCAGACACACGCCAACAACGCGAACUCGAACAACCAAGUCGCGCUUCCGGGACAGAACCAGGUGGCACAGACGCAAGCAGAGACCCAGGGUGGUCCCAACACGGUUCUACGAGUCAUCGUCGAACAGAUGGUUUACCCAAUUUCCUUGGACGUGCUCUAUCAGAUAUUCACACGUUUUGGCAAGGUCCUAAAAAUUGUCACCUUCACGAAGAACAGUACUUUCCAGGCACUAAUACAGUACGCGGACAUGCUGUCAGCGCAAACCGCUAAACUCUCAUUGGAGGGACAGAACAUAUACAAUUCGUGUUGCACGUUACGCAUCGAUUACAGCAAGAUGCAGAAUUUGAACGUGAAAUAUAACAACGACAAGUCGAGAGACUACACCAACCCCUCUUUGCCGACCGGUGACGCAAAUUUGGACGCGGCAUCCCUUGCUCUUGGGGGUGAGCUUCUUCCACAGUUGUUGAUGGGCGCUGGUUCGCAACCUCGAGCUAGAAUACCCGUAGAGUCCAUUGCAGGGGCACCGGGUGUGCUGCCCACGCCCUUCGCGGCCAUGCACGGUCUACCUUCACCUUUGGCGGGCCCUUACAACGGGGUACCACCAGCAGGAGGUUUGGCCGGACUCGGUGGUUUCCCUUUGGGUGCUGCUGGCCUCGGGGUGCGUGUACCCACCAACGCGCAGACAUCGGCGGUGUUACUCGUCAGUAACCUAAACGAAGAGAUGGUCACGCCUGACGCUCUCUUUACCCUGUUUGGCGUUUACGGGGAUGUACAGCGUGUGAAGAUUCUCUACAACAAGAAGGACUCGGCACUGAUUCAGAUGGCCGAACCUCAUCAAGCACACCUAGCAUUGACACACAUGGACAAAUUGAGAGUAUUCGGAAAGCAGAUCAAGGUGAUGCUGAGCAAACAUCAGACGGUCCAGUUGCCGAAAGAAGGUCAACCUGAUGCUGGUUUGACGAAGGAUUACACCAAUAGCCCUCUUCAUCGAUUCAAGAAACCAGGCUCAAAGAAUUAUCAGAAUAUAUAUCCACCGAGUUCUACCUUGCACUUGUCGAAUAUUCCAACUACCGUAACCGAGGAGGAAAUUAGAGAUGCGUUUACUAAGAAUGGCUUCACCGUGAAGGCUUUCAAGUUCUUCCCAAAGGAUAGAAAAAUGGCCCUCAUACAAAUGCCUAGUAUGGACGAUGCUGUCGCUGCUUUGAUCAAAAUGCACAAUUACCAGCUGAGCGAGUCCAACCAUCUGAGAGUGUCAUUCUCCAAGAGCAACAUCUAACAAGAGUCACAAUCAAACGACCGGCAGUGGUACCACCAGCCCUACGCCCUAGUCCCCUUUUGGUCGCCCGGCUCAGUGUACGACUGAUGAUCCUACGUAUGGGUGCCGUCAGUCGUUGGUCUGUACCAAUGAUUGUCCACCCUAUGGAUCGACCACUUGGCUCGAGAACGAAGGAAAAUGACCAUUUCCUACGAUCAAGAAGCAUACAUGAAUCCAGGUUCCUGUCCUCGAGUUUAAACCUCGGGCGGCACGAACUGUGCUGUGCUGUGCUGCUCCCUUUGUGUUGGGUGCAGAUCACCGUAUUCAAUUUCUAUUUCUUCGCUUACUCGACAGACCGUCUAGGUUCCACAUACAUACACACAGUAUUCAGGGUCACAAAUAACAGACACACGAGCGAACGAAAGAGAAAAAGAAUAUUUACUUAGGGCUGACAGGAACAGCGGACACCCAGAGGGUCGACGAAAGCGUAUGGGCGUCGCACCACCCGCUGCUUUCGAGACACACACACUGGUGCUGGCUUCUUUCGAUCAGAGACACAACGGAUAGCCAGAGAGAAAGAGAGAGGAGAGACUAUUUUACAGGCGUGUGUGACGUGUCUCCCUUUGUUAAGAGGUGAUAGAGAGGGGCAAGGAGUAUUUCGAAGGGAGAGACUAGGUUAAAUGGGUACGAAGAGGCGCUCUUGUACAGAGUUAAUCUUUAAAAGUUAAGGUAUAUUAUAUAUAUAUAUAUAUAUAUAUAUACAUACAAAUAUAUAUUAUAUAUUUUACGAGCGUGACGCUAGCCGGGCGCAGCGGAAUGACGAGCCGCGCGUAAUCAUACACCCGGCGACCAUAUACACACAGACAUACAGACACACACACUCUCGCGUGAGAGUGACGCGUUAAAUGAAAUGAUUUUUAAAUGAUAUCCGCGGGACCGCGCAGUCAGUCCCCCUAUCAGGUCGAUCUUUCCCGGAUUCGCACACGCGCGUGCGUGUCCGCUAGCUUAAGACGGUCGACGUCGCAACACUGUGUCGAGAACACGAGCGAGGAUGAAAGUAGCGCGCGUACCUGGUACCCGGUCAGCGCGUUCUGUCGUCUUCGAGGCUGGCUGGUACCAAGAUUAGUCGUUUAAGGCUAAUGUCACGGGACCCUUUGCAGCUUUCCGCGAGGUGCUACUCGCGCCCUUUCCCUGACGACCCAAGCCACCUAUCCAGGCCAAAUGAGACAGCCCCCCGAGAGGAUAGUUCAGGGUCAGAUGGGAAAGGGCUGUGGACGAUUUUCGAAGUAUCAUCCGCCACGUGUCACAGACGAUCUUCUUGCAUGAUUCUCUGAUUUUUUUUUUCUAUUUUUUUUUUUUUUUUUCUUUUUUCUAUAUGCGUACCUUCAGUAUUCCCAAUGCCGUGGAUCGAGACUGAUCAAGCCUGGCUUCGCGUUGAUUGCUCGACUGGCCACGUGGCGGAGCUGCGCACUGUCGUAGUCGUCGUUGCAGGUGGUAUUUUUAUAAUUUGUAUGUUCGACGAUAAGUAUUAAUCACACUGACAGGACACUACGUGACGAACACGCUAUACUAAUCACACACACACACAUAUAUACACAUAACACGUAUACACGCAGAGACAUUCAGACGCAGGUUUCUUAGCUGAUAGGUGCUUAGGAUUGUGUAGAGUCUUAAUCGUAUAAGUAAGGACGAGCAAGUAAAAUGGCCAAAGUAUCAUUUGGCAUGAAGGACCGUUGAACAUAUCGCUAAUUAGAUUGAUGAAUACGAGGCGUAUCGCGAGUUUGUACGCACGCGUUCAGGAUGCUGUGACUAAAUUCGGGGCGAUUCUGGAGCGCCUGGGACGAGACAAGUUCUUCAGGCUCGUUCAGGUCCGGCUGACGAUUAGUUCCUGAUCUCCGAGCAUUCCUUUCGACAGGCAACAAAAAGAAUAAUUAAAAGAAAAAAAAAAAAAACGUAAAAGCGCGCCCCGUAGGCGACGUAGAACGAACCGAUCAGAAGGAGAGAAUCUUCGGUGUGCGGGUCUGUUGUGUUACAGAGAGCGUUCGUUGCAGCGCUGGUGUCGUGUGUAAUGUUCUAAGAUAUUAAAAGAAAAAAGAAAAAAAUAUACACUAAUGAUACACACCUAGUAGCCUAAAUAGUCCGCAAGAGCGUUAAAAUAUAUUCUCUAGAGGUAUUCACAAUGGAGGGGCCCAUUUUGUUGAGACAAAGCCGAACGACGAUGAGUAUUCCGGCGUGGAUAGGAUCAGAGAUUGUGUCCUCGUGUCGAUAAACGUAGAUUUAUCAGUAGUGUCGUAGAGUCGUGAUAAAAAGUGUACGGUGCUACCAUGGGAACGUUGCGACGAUGCUGGUCCAGAAUCUCUACCCCACCUAACCUGUGUGAUCGUCACAGAGGUGUCCAGUGUCGUCGCGACCCUCCUACAUGGGACACCGUCGAUUUUUGUCUAACCGACGUUCUGUUGGAGUCAAUUAAAUCUUAUUAAUAUACGUAUCGAUCGUAGAGAGACGUAGAACGCAAGGAGAACAAUGUUUUUCGCGUAUGAAGUGGACGUGUUGACUGGGCUGAGUAUGUGAGAUGGGAGAGCCUGUUGCGUGACCUGUCUGUCAGAGCGUGUGCGUGUAUAUGACGAUGAGGUAUGAUGGAAAAAACGAGAAAAUUACAAAAAAACGUAUAUAUAUAUAAUACAUAUAUAUAUAUAUGUAUAAAAGCGAGUGCCGGCCCGGGCAGUGUUGUUUGUGCCAAAGUAGGCUAGCCGUUAACUCUAGGGAUGGGAUGUGUCGAGUUAGAAAGCGAACUGAGAUGUUACUUGCUAUCGUUCGAACAUCGAUCAUCAACUCCAAACGAUCUUUAGGUACACUCGUAUGAAACUGGGCUUUUUUUUCAUUAAAAGAAACAGUGAAAGAAGGAGUGUACCUCCAUUCAACACCUACGGCAACUGAUGUUAGGUCCCUCUCCCUACGUUUAUCUUUAAUGAAAAGAAGUCUAUGUUGCACUCGAGUGUACGCUAGAUUCUGGUUGAUCUUGCUAGAUUGAUGGCGGUUUGGAGGUGUUUGAUGUGGGGUUCGUUGGAACAGCAAGGUUCGACCAAAAUCAAGUAGAGACGUAGCGAGUAGCCGGCAUGAGCGAAGGGGCCAGUCUUUGCAUCUAUGAUCUGUCUUUCGAAUCUCCCAUGUAAUUUACAUUGUUUCAUCCGACGACUGCAUUUAUAGAUUCUACGAUGCGACGCUGGUGUUGGUUGCGCGUAGAGAACACACACUGGCUGUACACACGAACACACGGGUUUUUGGUUUCUUUGCUUUCUUGUGGCUUCCUCGGAACGGGCUUGGUGGUUCCGGUGUUCAAUUCGAUUUUGACACACCAGAGGGCGUGUUCUCGUUCUAAAAUGAAAUUUUAUUCAUUUCUUAUGUCGAGGGGAUACAUUGUUCCUACACUGAUCAGUGAAUUGUUAGCAAACAAGAUUCUUCAAACUUUUCCAAACCUAACCUAAUCUGGUGAAACCUAACCUAAUCUGGUGAAACCUAACCUAAUCUGGUGAAACCCAACCUAAUCUGGAAACUGCCAGAACGAGUUCCAUGGUCCCUUCUACGUCAAUUUCGCCAUUUCGUUGCCUGCGUCCAGCGGACUUCCGUCUUCGACUUUGAAUCCUAUGUUCUUCAAGUAUUAUAUUAUCAGAAACAGGCUCUUUCAAUCGUCUCGCGUCUGGUUCGAGUCGCGAGCGCACAAAACAGUUGUCCGCGUCGAUUACUUGAUUAAAGGAAGCGACAAAGGACCACUCGCACAAUAGUAUUUCCGGCACAAUGUCUUGCAAGCGUACCUGAAAAGCCUGUAAACGUCGAUCGAGCGAUGGACAGUUUGAACCAGCUGUUUCCAUCGUUGAUCCUCGCGAUUCUACGUUGAUUUUAACUUUUCUUUUUUUUAAGAAUUUCCGGACACAUUCCCGUUCACAAACACACUCACACAUUCACGUACAUAAAACAGAAGGAAUCGUAGGGAUUUCAAACUUGUUCAGCUAUGAAUCUGCUUGCACCAACUGUCGUUGAUUCUUCUGGACUUAAACAAGCGAUGACAAUGAUUUCUUCAAUUCCUUUCCUGCUUGAUUUCGAGGGGAGAGACCUCCGUCAAACCAAGAAAGGGAAACUGUGAAUUUCCAUUUGAGGGACAGUAGUAAAGCUUUAAGAGACAAAACAAUCAAUUUGGUAAGUUACUUGUCUAUGGGUUGUAGACGUCUACAGGGUGUCCAGAGUGAGUCGCACAAUCUCAUUUCCUCCACUUUUGUGUUCUUCAGAAUUUUUUUUUCCUUUUAAAUAUUCAACCCUAACAAAGUUUGAAUCAUAUCCUAAUAAAGGGUAUGUUAAUUUUCAUUUUAGAAUCUUCUUUUGAAGUGGUUUGAAAUGGUUUGAAAUAGUGGUUUUACAUCGGUGAAGAUCCAGAGACACCCUGUAGAGGUUUUAGAUCGAGUAUAUCACUAGCUGGGUUGAGGGGGGCCGAUGUGAGGGUUGGGAUAGCCAGCACUCGCUACAUGGUGUCGCAGAUAUUCAGGCUCCGAAAUUUCUCCAGACCAAUGAAAAAGCUCCUUGCGAAAUUCUAGAAAAUGUAUCGUUCUAAUAUAUUGUAUACAGAUAUUCGAUGCGAAUUCCUCAUAUAGACGACGUAUUUUUAUAUGUGAUAGAGACAGAAGGAAAGAACGAGUGACCAAUGAUGAGAUUGUAUCGAUCGAUAUCGAUUGAUGAGAGUUUGAAGAUGUUUGAAAUGAUCCCGGUUCAUACACCGUGGAUUCUCCUUCCAUUUUUCUCUUUUUCUUUUUUACAUAGUGGAGGCGAUUGAACGUUGGAAUUGAGGGUUUGAGGUGAAUGUUGGGAUUAAUUUCUCAGUCUUUCAAUGUCAGUAUUAAAUAUUUCUUGAUAUUAUUAUUGGAUUACAAGAUGAAUUUAAUUACAGAGAAUGGUAAUAAGAAUUUAUCAAGUUGGAAAAGUACCAUCAAACACCAUCAAACCUCAAGCAACAACGAUCAGACUCCCCAAGGAUAAACGUUAAAUUUCAUAUAAAAUUAAUCUUCAUAAGGUAAAUCAAAAUUCGAUGAAAGAAAAUAAAAAAUAGCAACAAACCUGUUCGGACCAAGGAAAUUCGGGGUCUGGUUCGAGCCACGCAGUAGACGAAGCUUAGCCUACAGAGGUUAAUUAGGAAUUAUAAUUAAACAAGAGUCAUGUAUGUGCACACUUAAAGAAACAUUCACUGAAACAACCUCGUACACACACAUACACACGUAAACACACUAUGUAUAUCUCGUAUAUAUUUGAUAUGUCGCAUUGUAACACAGAUGUGUCCAAAAGUGAGCAGCGGCUGCAUCCCAAUAAUAUCUAUAUUUUAUUAAUAAUUAAUAAGUCUAGGAUUAUCGUCGUUACGGUUCACUCGAUGAGCCACAAAAGAUUAAUCUAUAUUACAAGUUUAUUGUACAUUCGGUACUAGGGACACGAUGAUGAGCUAAAACAGAGGUGUGAAAGCGUUUGAAAGGGGACGAGUGAAUGGUGGAAUAGUGAUAUAAUAUAUAUCAUGGGAUCUCGUUCAUCGUGUACGGUGUGUUUGCCUAAUCGGGGCCUUAGGCGUCGUUCAAAAACCAUGAUUAAACUGGACCAGCGCUUAAUCGUCGAUUCUCGUCGCCCCCGGGAGCUAAUUAAUUAAUUAAUUAAAAAUACAAAUAGGGAACGAACGAUUUCGACGCUGUUCGAUCAAACUUUUUUCCUCCCUGUUAGAUAUUAUGGAGAAUUUAUGGGAGUGAUAUACAGGAUGAAGUAAAUUUGGAAAAUAGAUGGUUAAAAUUUGGCAAUUUUUUAAUAAUAAUUUACCAUUAUUGCUAUAUUAUAUAGUAAUAAUAAAAAUAAAAAAGAAUAUAAUUACCCAGAUUAAAUAUUUUUACAAUUAGAAUUACUCUAUAAAAAUGAUCCAUUUUUAUUCCCCCUCCUCCUUCAAAUGAGAGCUUGGACGCCUGACAAAUUUUCCACCCCUACUAUAACGUGAAUCUACUGUAGACCCACUUUUUUUUUUCAAAAAUUUGACUGUCUAUUUUCCUAUCAUCCUGUAUAAAUAUUUGGCAAAGAGAUAGGGAAAAGGAGAGGUAUACCUUUAACUCGCGACCACCAUGGAGCAACCACCCAUGGUUUGUUGAAUGUUUACCAAUUUUCUUUUCCUUUUUAAGUGGACAUAUCAGCGAUCAUCGUGUCUAAGACUGUUUGUCUGGUUGGAAAGUAUGUACCUUCGUCGUUUCCAUUUUGUUUUUCCAUUCUUUUAAUGGUGUGCCUCAAUAGAUUGAGCGAUCACGCGAGUUAUCUUGCCCGCUUCCCAUGGGAACCACGUGUUCAGACCAUGGGGUAGAGUUGGUAUAAUAGCGUCGAUACAUUGCCAAAAACAAAACAAAAAACAAAAUGAAGGUUUUUAGGAGGGGAAACGAGAACGAGCCUAAUCAGUGCCGACGACCCCAGACAAAAUAUCAAGAUUAUUGGAGAUAAAGAUCGAAAUUCGAUCUUAUGAGACUUUAAGUGAGCGUGUUAAGUCGAGAUAUAAGAGAUUAUCUAAGGAAUAGCUGUUAAGUGGAGGACACAGAAAAAAAUAACAAGAUUUAGUGAAAUGAUUAUAAACAAAUGAGACACACACGUACGUGGUUUAUAGUGAAAGUAAUGGAACUAAUUUUAAUUCAAGAUUUUGAUAAAUUUGAUUUUUUGAAAUUUGUGAAUUUUAGAUUAUUUAUAUUAAAAAUUUGUAAUAUAAAUUUUAUGUCCA